AUGGCGAUGAUGAUGACUGGCCGUGUGCUGCUGGUGUGUGCCCUCUGCGUGCUGUGGUGCGGUGCGGCUUUUGGACACGCGAUGGAGGAUUACUGCGGUGAGGGUGGAGGGAACGGUUUGAGGCACACGAGUAAUGGUGGAGAUGACGGCGUGUCUCUAAAGGCGGACUGCGGGUUGUUAUCGACUCGAAUGGCAUUAAUAAAGGCGGUUGAGGCUGCGGAAGCUGGAGAAGAAUCGAGUGGUGAUCCAGACCAGUCUCAGGAUACCGGGGAAUCAUUACCUCAUAAUAAAUUGAACGAUAAUACGAGGGGCACUGCAGAGCCUGGUUUAGGAGGUGGCGGUGUCGCAGGUCAAACAGCAGAAGCAGCAGUAACGCUGGAGCCCGGAGGUUCAGAUACAGGAGGACAGCAGGUGAGGCAGCCUAAAGUGGUGGAAGCAAAUGGAAAAGAAGGAGAGACUGCCAACGAUACAAAGAGCGGAAGCGCAUCUAAUUCCGAAGAACUAAAAACUGUUGAAUCCUCUUCUUCUUCUGGCAGCCCUGGCCCUGAGGAAGGUGAAGAACUCCCCUCGAAAAAAACCUCCAAGAGUGAUGAAUCCUCAGACGGCACGCCGACACAAGAAGAAGAUGCAAGAAAUCAUCGAAUUACAUCUCACAGUCGUGAAGCGGGGGCGGAGGAACACGAAGUAAAAAAAGAAAACACAAUUCAUGAGGCACCAACAGAGACACGUGGAACUCCCGCCAACGACACGGAAAUACAAACGGCAACACCACCGCCACUACCAGCAACAAUGAAUGGACAUUCCAGCACUGAGGAUUUACGGCCCAUACAACUGCUACAACGCGUCCAAGACGACCAUGCAGAAUCAGGGCCACCAUCACCCACGGCAAACGGUGAUGCCGCCAAUAACGAAGCUGACAAUAGCACUGAAGACGGCAUCCCGAGCAAUGAUCCAGUAGCCGAUGGCGCAGGGACACGAAAAGAAAAACAAAAUGAAAAUAAAGAUGCCAAUCCGAAAGAAACACCAGUGACGGCCACAGCCAUAAAAACUACGACGGCGACGACUGGCGACAGCGACGGCAGCACCGCGGUCUCCCACACCACCUCCCCUCUUUUGCUUCCUCUUCUUGUUGCGUGUGCGGCUGCGUCUGCGGUGGUGGCCGCGUGA